AUGCAUUUCACCACGGCUACCGCCCUCGCAGCCGUCUUUGGGUUUCCGGCAUGCACGGCGUCUCUCGCGACCAGGCAGCCGCGUGAUGCUGCUCCACGUGUCGCCCUCCUCCCCAUGGAGCGCUCGCGGAUUGUGAACCCCAUCAGAAGAGACCAAAUCAGACGACGAGGCACCGCCCAAGUAGAUCUCGACAACGAUGGCGUCCUAUACUUCGUCAACUUCACCAUCGGCACACCACCGCAAAACAUUCGUGCCGCCCUAGAUACCGGCAGCAGCGACUUGUGGGUGAACACACCUAACUCGGAUUUGUGCACCCAGCAUGGCGAUCCGUGCAGCACGGGAGGAACAUAUGACUCCACUCAGUCCUCGUCAAGCACCAUCCUUGGUGUUGACUUCUCGAUCCAAUAUGGUGAUGGUUCAUCUGCCUCGGGUCACUAUGCCACAGAUAACAUCACAAUUGGCGAUACCACUUUGAAUCAGUUCCAGUUCGGAAUCGGCUCUAAUAGUACCUCCACAGAGGGCGUCUUCGGCAUUGGAUAUCCAAGGCUCGAGUCGCUAGUCCAAGUCGAGGGUCAAUCGGCUUACGAGAACCUGCCGGCGAAGCUGGUGUCGAGCGGUGCCAUCGCCUCCAGUGCAUACAGCCUGUGGCUCAACGACCUCGACGCCAGCACUGGCAGUGUGUUGUUUGGUGGCAUUGACACUGAAAAGUACACUGGGACUCUGGCGACCUUGCCUAUACAAUCAAGCGCCGGCACUUACAAUCAGAUCAAGAUCACGCUGACAGGGGCAUCAUUCAAUGGCACAACCCUCUCAGAUAACUUGGCGCAUGCAGUGCUGCUUGAUGCCGGCUCCAGUUUCACAUAUCUGCCAGACACGAUUGUCACCAAAUUAUACUCACAAGUUGGAGCGCAGUACGACUCGUCCUUGGGUGGCGCAUACAUCCCUUGCGCAAUGGCCAACUCGGGCUUGAGCGUCAGCUUCAACUUUUCGUCGCCAGUCAUUAGCGUAGGAAUGGACGAGCUGGUGCUCGACCUGACGGAUGCAGACGGCCAGUCACCCCAGUUUGACGAUGGCACCGCUGCGUGCUUGUUUGGAAUCACUCCCGCCGGCGCUGGGCCCGUGGUCAUGGGAGACACGUUCUUGCGCUCGGCGUACGUCGUGAUUGACCUGACGAGCAAUCAGGUCUCUCUAGGACAGACCAAGUUCAACACGACUGCAUCAAAUAUUGUGGAGAUCGGCCAGUCCGGUCAGAUACCGAGCGCUACGACAGUGAACAGUCCUGUGUCUGCCACACUUGGAGUUGCAGUCGGUCCCAAUAGUGGCACGGCUGUGACAGGACAGUCGUCCCCGACGUCGAACCCCAACGGAGGGGCUCGGUCUUCUGUUAGCUCCGUCCUCUUGGCGUUCAACCUGGUGGCCGUUUUGAUGUGCCUGCUGGGGUGA